CGUUAUUGUGUUUUUAGGAUAAAGACUGCACAAUGAUGGAAUCACCUCUCUCACACAAACUAUCCCCGCCACGGGCUCACACCAGUCCAGGACCCACCCCAGGGACCAUCAGCCUCACCCACGGGAUGAUCGCCACCGUCAACCAGCAUAACAGCUUACUGAGCAAACUACACAAACCUACGACAUAUAGUUCACCCCCACCCGUGGCCUGCAACCCCGACAAUAAUGUUUGCAAAGUCAUCACAUACCGAGGGGAGAAAGUCGCUGCCUUCACCGUGAAUGGUGUGGAACUUAUUUGCCUCCCUCAGGCAUUUGAACUUUUUCUCAAACAUUUGGUUGGAGGUCUACACACGGUGUACACUAAAUUGAAGCGACUGGACAUCACCCCCGUGGUCUGCAAUGUGGAGCAAGUCCGAAUCCUCCGGGGGCUGGGGGCCAUACAGCCCGGGGUCAACAGAUGUAAGCUCAUCUCCUGCAAAGAAUUCGAUGUUCUCUACGACGACUGUACCAAUUCAAGUGCUCGCCCAGGCAGGCCACCAAAGAGAAGUCCCUCGAUCCAUGCCAGUCCCGAAACUCUAGAGAAGCUAAAGAAAUGCAGAGUCGAUGGCGACUAUCCUUUUGAUCCUCGAGCUCUUUAUGAUAGGAAAGCUUUCCUGAAUGGAUUUCAUAAUCCAUAUGCCAUGGGACCACUUGCUCCUUUUAUGCCAAUUAACCCAGUGAACAUAAUGACCCCACCAGUUUCCAUGGCAAUGGCCUCUCACCUUGGACUGCGCCACGAAAGUUCCUUACUGAAAGACAGAACAACUUCAGAGUCUGACCUCAUAUCUCCAAGGUGUCGGGAUGAGCGUUUGGACAAUUCAUUAAAGAGUAGUCACAUUACGUCACCACAUUACGAAUCCGACAGACUCCGAAGUUUGGACUAUGACAAUAACAAACCUUUGAAUUUACAAGUGAAUGGCCAUGCCAAAGAUCUCUCGACUAAGUACCAUGGGAAAAGCGAAGAUGAAGACGACGAUGACAGACUUUCUGAUGAUCAUAAUGACGAUUUGGAGGACAGCCUUGCGGGCAGCGAUUCUCUGAAUGGCAGUGACCUUGGGGACAAAGUGGCUCCCCAGGUGUCCUCCUUCCAAGCCCAGCUCCAGAACGGAGAGAUCCCCAACAUCUCCUCCAUAGAGACCCUCCUCCUCAAUAUCCAGGGACUCCUGAAAGUCGCCGCCGAAAACGCCCGCCACCACGAAAGACAACUCAGCAUUGAAAAGACUGAGCUUAAAAUGGAAUUACUCAGGGAGAAAGAAAUGAGAGAAGGAUUAGAGAAGCAACUUUCAGAAGAACACAAAAGCAAAGCCAUAUUAUUACGACGCAUCAAGAAGGAAAAGAGAGCACGUCGCAGGCUGCAGGAACAGAUGGGAGCCAAUCAGAGCGAGGAAAACAAAAACAGUCUGAAUGAUACAGCUAGCGUCACCAGCCAAGACUCGGACAAAGUCACCCCUGAAACACCAAAUGAAAAGGAGACAGAAAAGGAAAAUAAUACCGAAUCAGAGAGAAGAAAUUCAGAUGUUUCACAGGACAGAGCAAGUCACCUGUUUGAGAAUUUCAUCAAUCAUAAUAACAACAACACCAGAUUUCCUUACAUGACCCCCCUCAAAGGAGAAGUCCAGUAAAAUCAACUUAGAAUCUAUACCUUGCCCACCCUCCUAGUUCAGAUCUGUGUAGAUAAUACCACAAGUAUACCUACAAAGUGUUUUCAUUUAUACUAGACACAAAUGGCAUGUUGUAGAUCAUUAUGAAAUCCAUACUUCAUAAAUACUCACCAAUAUGAAGGGGACUAUACCAAGCAAUCAAAGCAAUGGAGAGUUUUGGCCUGUGUUUGUGUUAAGUGGACUAGUCCUUUGGCGAUGUACUGCUUUAUAGAAAUUUUCAAAGCUCACCCAUUAUUUAUGCCACGGAACAGUGAAAAGUUAGAGUAGUUUUUUUUCAUUGUACAUAUAUUUAAGACAGAACAAGUACAUAUUAGUUUAAAUGAGCCUUCAUUUCAUAUGUACAUUUUGUUGAUGUUCAUGAAAUUGAGUUCCCUGUUCAAGGGUGAUUUUUAUUCUUUUUGUAAACAUUAAAAAAUGUUUGAUUUCAGUACUUUUUAAAAUAUUAUGGUGCUUUAAUAUUGUUUAGAUUUAUAGCAAUAUUUUACCACAAGAAAUGAAAAAAAAAUGUUCAAAGGUUUGACUGUAAUCAUAAUGUGAAGAGUACUUUUAGUUUUGUCAUAGCUUGAUCAAUCAUUUCCUGAUCUGUUCAUUGUUGUCAUUAUAUGAGAAGACAGUGCAAUAUGUGUGUCCUAUGUAUAGUUGUAUUAGGUGCUACAACCAUUGUUAUAGAACAACCCACAACAAGGAAACUCGGGUCUUUGUUGGUUUGAAUUUUGUAUAAUAGUCAUGUGUAACUGAAUAUGAUGACAUUCCUCAUUUUGUCAUGUGAAAAAAAUAAUAAAAGGUAUAAGCCAAACAGAA